AGCUGUGAGCACCCCCUGCUGCUCUCAUUAAAGCUGGGCUCAGCAGAAGCCCCUGACCUUAGGAACAGCUGGCAUGAGGGAGCUCAGCCCUCCCAGGGGCUGAGCACACUGCCUCCCACUGCCAACAGUUCAGAUAACAUCGAAGGGCACUGCAGCAGUCAGGGUCUGAAGGAGACAGCGCAAUCUCCAUUGUAAAAGGUCAGAUUUACCUUUCUCCCUGAGUGUGACUGAGCUCCACAGCUGGGCUAGUUUCCUUCAGUCAGGAGGACUUUGCUGCCCAUGUGCCGGUCCCUGCAGGCUGAUGGAAGCUGUGAGUUACUCGCUAUGCAGGGUCUGGAUGCUUUUCUUGCUGUUCUGUGUGGGACAAGAGAGGCAGAUUGCUCCCCCAGGUUUGGUACAGAGCAGUUGCCACUCCAGAAUUUUCUGGAUGAAACUGAAUAAACUCUUGCUCCAGGGGAAAUUCUUCCAGCUGGAAAUCAAUGAUCCUUAUGCUGGCCCCGUCCUGCUGGAUGACAAACUAGCAUCUCGCUGUGGCUAUGUCCUGUCAGAAGAUGUGUGGGGCAACCCUGUCUUCCGCGCGUCAGUGCUUGGCUGUCAUGUGGCCAACGAGGCAGAUGAGCUGUUUUCACUGACUGUGAACAUUAAGAUCUCCUCAUUUGCAAGCAUGAGGGCAGCUGUGACCUACACCUACCCUAUGUACUGCUCCUACUCUUCCUGGGCCUCAAGAGAAAUUGUGUGUGAAGAAAACUACAUGGAGGUGUCAGUGAAGACCGAUGUCCCUGCGGUUUCAAAUGACUACACCGUAGCAUGGAUGUCAGCACUGCCAGAGACUCAGAAUGUUGCAUACCAGGUAUGGCAACUGAUGUUUGUUUCUCCAUCAGGGAGAAAGAGAAUACUGGUAAGCGAUGCCGCAAGGCUGGGCUACAGCUUCAAUAAUACGCUUUCCCGAGUGUACCUCCGUGCUCCCUACCACAGCAAUGAAUCUGAAAUCAGCGUGGUCGGCGGUGUAGAUAUGAACAUGAUCACUUCCACUUCCAUGUAUAGGCAGCGGUGGUUGCUUUUGCUGAUUGACAUGACAGUCUCCUGCCCUCUUGAUGGUACCAGCUUCACUGAUACUACGCUCACAUGGACUGUGCCAAGUGUUAUCCCCACAUUAGUGCUUCAAGAAUCCACCUUUUUUUCUAAAACCAUUUUAAUGGGUGUCGACGGCCAACAUAUAGUGAACCCAGACAGGAACAACUACUUACUGGAGCACAACAAGACACACAUUGAAAUAACUAUCCCUAUUGGAGCAGAAGGAGGAAAACUAAAGAGUUCUGUAUGUGGUGGUGUAUACGGAAUCAUUUACAGCAUUGACUUGUUCUUGGAGCACACGUGGACAGAUGCAGACUGGCAAACCACUAAGUAUACUGUCAUCAAAUCCAUCACUACACCAUUCAUGCCACAAAUACCAACUGUUAUCAACAAUACUCUGCCAGAGGAAAAGAUAUUUAAUGUUGCAUUUGGACACUUUCUUCCUGAUGUCUCUCUGGUGGCAAUAACAAUAGGAAACGUGCCAUUUACCCUCAGAGAAGCACAGCGCCAUGGGUAUAACAUUUAUGAAACUCCUUUUUCUAAUGGAACAAAAGAAUUUAUCUUGGAAGUCUCUUUUGAUGAUCCAUACAUUCUAAAGGAGUAUGUGAAUAGAAAUGAAACAAAAUACACCCUCCUUGUUAACUACACUAUAAGCGUGGGCCCAGAGAUGAUACCCUAUUAUCAUUCUGCAGAGGUGGAAUGUGUGAUUGCUGAUAUCGAAAUACCAGAAGCAAUUGGUUACUGCGAUGAAGAAAACCUCUAUCUUGUCAUUCCUGUUUUUGGCCUGCACCAGUACUGGAACCUGUAUCUUGGUACCAAGCUUCUGAACAGGCACACUGCACUCACAAAUGGGUACCUCGCAACUACCAAUGCUACCCAUCUGAUCCUGCAAAUACCUCUGUUUGCUGUGGGAGUCAUCUAUGAGGAAGUGUCCCUCCAGAAAAUUAAAGCAAGGUUUGAUGUUGCCCUAAGGAAAGUGAGAACCAUGGAGACCUUACAGACAUUCUCCGUUAGCUGCAAUUUUAAUUCCCCAGAAUUUAUAUUGUGCUACCCAGAUGGUACUGUAAUUAUAUCUGCUCAAAUGAAGACAGUUCCUGGCAUUGAUAUGAGUAGAACCCAACUAAGGGAUAGCUCAUGCAAGCCUAAAGACUAUAACAAAGGACAUGCCUUCUUCAAGUUCCAUGUCACCACCUGUGGCACUUCAGUAAGGUUUGAAGGUGAUCACAUUGUUUACGAAAAUGAAAUCUCUUAUGAGAAAGAGACUCUUCCAGGACAGAGCCAGCCGACAAUCACAAGAGACCCAGACUACAGAUUGACAGUGUUGUGCUACUAUCGAGCAAAAGAGACGGUGAUGCUAGGCGCCUUCAUUAGCAAGCCUUCCGCAUCACAUCCCUCCGGCUCUGGUACAGUAGUGCCAAGGUCAAAUUCUGCAGUACACAGAAGGAUAAGACAAGCCCUGAAUGUAGUUUCAAGAGUGUCCAAAAGUGAAUCUUUCAUGGAUUUCUAUGAGCCCAAUGUGGCAAUACUCAAGCGACCCACAGAGCCUGUGUUUCUUGAGGUGGAGCUGAAAGAUGAGAGCCCUGACGCUGAGUUAUACCUGGAUAACUGUUGGGUGACGGGGUCUCUAGAUUUCAACAGCACCCCAAGGUGGAACAUCACUGUGGAUGGGUGUGAGAUUAAUGGCAGUGAGUAUGUUGCAGAGUUCUGCUCAGUAGCUGCUAGCUCUAGAGUGAGACACCCUUCUCAUUUCAAAAGGCUGGCAGUGAGGACCCUGACACAUCGACUGGAACAGGUGUACGUGCACUGUUCAGUGGCAGUCUGCUCUGCUGCCAACACACUGCCUGGCGUUCCCUGCAGAGGACAGUGCAGCCCAAGCACAGAGAGGAACGCCUUUCCAGGUCACAGUUCAGCCCAUCUCCAGGGUUAUGUACUUGCUGGACCAGUCUGGAUUGUUGAACCAGACCUAAGAUGAAGCACGUAAAUUGAAUUUGCACCCAAAGGCUCUGCUGCGCUGGCUACUCUAAACGAGCAUCCAGACACUGAAGCUACCUCUCAGUGAUUACAAAACUAUCUUGCUUGAAGUGAAAAGUUCAGACUGUGGGACUCAGGUCAGCUCUACAACACUGGAAAGCACUAAGGUCUGCCAACAGGAUUAGCAAAUGGUGUAACCUGUUGUCUCUCUGAAGUGACUACAAAAAGAAAACGUACCAGAAAAUAACCCCAAGCUUCAAAAUAACACUUCUUGCUUCUUCCAGCUGUUGAAAUAUGGACUUGCAGAUCACGAAAAUUAUUCUUCCAGCUGUUGAAAUAUGGAUUUGCAGAUAACUAAAUGUAUUCCAACCCUGAUUAUGGCUGCUUCUUGAAGUGACUGCCAAUUCCUCCAUGUGAAUGUAAAGUGAAAAUCUGAAAAGUCAAAUAAAAAUACAUACAAACUAA